AAUCUCUCUCUCUCUCUCUCUCUCUCUCUCUCUCUCUCGUUAUGUCGUCUUCAAUGGAGGCAGGAAGUGUUCUUCAGUUCCUCGAGGACAAAUCCAUCUUGGUCACUGGAGCAACUGGGUUCCUUGCCAAGAUUUUUGCGGAGAAGUUAUUGAGGGUUUCACCCAACAUAAAGAAACUAUAUCUUCUCGUGAGAGCAUCAGAUGAAAAAUUCGCCACUCAGAGAUUCAGCGACGAGAUUUUGGGGAAUGAAUUGUUCGGGGUGGUGAAGGAGAAGUACGGUCCAAAUCUAAUUCCCUUGAUAUCAGAAAAAGUCAAGCUUGUGGUUGGAGACAUCUCCUUUGAGGAUUUGGGUCUUCAAGACUCCAAGUUGGCCCUUGACAUGAUCCAUGAACUCGAUGUCAUCGUCAACAUGGCUGCUACUACUAAUUUUAAUGAGAGAUAUGAUGUUGCACUUGGGACCAACGCAUUGGGUUCUGCCCAUGUCUUGAACUUUGCCAAGAAAUGUGCCAAGGUUAAAGUGCUUGUGCAUGUAUCUACAGCUUAUGUGUGCGGGGAAAGAUCGGGAGUGAUAAGAGAGACGCCGUACCACGUUGGUCAGACGUUGAACGGGAAAGGCGGUCUGGACAUCGACCAUGAAAAGAACUUAGCGGAAGAGAAGCUCGAGGAACUCCGAGCCACGGGAGCAUCACCUGGGACUAUCACUCGAGCCAUGAAGGAUUUGGGACUCUCUAGGGCAAGGAUGUACGGAUGGCCGAACACGUACGUGUUUACAAAGGCGAUGGGGGAAAUGUUGAUAGGGGCGAAACGGGAAAAUGUUGCCGUUGUGAUUCUUCGUCCCACUAUUAUUACAAGCACUUUCAAAGAGCCCUUCCCCGGCUGGACAGAAGGAUUUAGGGCGGCCGAUAAUAUACCCAUUGGAUAUGGUCAAGGCAAAAUCACAUCCUUCCUUGUCGGCCUCGACGCAAUUUCGGACAUCAUACCCGGAGAUAUGGUGGUGAAUUCGAUAUUAGUAUCCAUGGUAGCUCAAGCCGGUAAACCGAGCCAAGUAAUAUACCAUAUCGGUUCAUCGGCUACAAACACGCUAAAAAAUUCCAAGUUGCUGGAUUUCGGAUAUUGGUAUUUCACUGCCAAACCGUGGAUCGAUAAAGAAGGGAAGCCGGUUCACGUGGGUGAACUCAAGAUUCUGAGUUCAAUGCCUAGUUUCUAUAGAUACAUGGCCAUACGUUACCAAAUCCCCUUGAAGGUAUUGGAAUUGAUAAACCUGGUGUUGUGCAAAUUAUUCGAAAAGAAAUGUAGAGAUUUCAACAGGAGGAUCGAUUUCGUAAUGAGGCUUGCCGAUCUUUAUAGACCUUACCUUUUCUUCUACGGAGUAUUCGAUGAUACGAAUGCGGAAAAACUGCGAAGGACGGCGUCGGAGACGGGAGUAGAGAAGGAUGUGUUCUACUUGGAUCCAAAGAUCAUCAAUUGGGAAGAUUAUUUUCUGAAAACCCAUAUUCCCGGGCUGGUUAAAUACGUUUCCAAUGAUUUCGUUGGAAUUCAAAUCUAAAAGCGUAAGAUCUUUUGCUUUGGAGUUUCAUUCUUUCAACAAAAUAAGAUAUUAUAUGUAAUGUAUAUCGAAGAAUGAAACUGAUAAUAAGUGAUGCAUGUGUUGUGACGAAGGGCUACGUACGUACGUAGAGGAUGGGGACUGAGUAUGUAUAAUGUGGUUAUGUAAGGAUCAGAGAAUAAGAUGGUGGAGCCGGUUUGUGGCUGAUCCAUGUAUGAAAAUAAAAAUAUUAUCACGUGGUUUGUUACGUGGCUGA